CGUGCCCGCCCGCCGAGGACGGCCCGGAACGGUGCCGUGGGGCGAGGCCGCAGUGAGUCACAGCCCGGACGGUGACACACGGCCGCUGGAACCCCAGGGAAAUGACACCCGGUGUCACUCCCCAGUCGCUGCACGCAGCGAGGGCUGAGGCCCGACAGCACUUGUGACACCAGUGGGACACCCCCAGGUGCCCUGUGUGUGCAAGGUGAUGCCACAGAGACCCCCAGAAGAACAUGAGAGAAGCCCCUGCUCAGCCCUGGAGUUUUUGGGGUGUCACCCUCCACCCAAAGCAUAACUCGCACCCCUUUACAGAUGGGAAACUGAGGCAGCCCCAUACAGGCCUGCAGAGGGGUUUGCCCAUAGUUAAGCCCAGCCCUUCAGCCCCCCCAAAUCCACCCUGGGCUGGCCCUGGCCCCCCCGCCCGGAGUGUCCGCUCCGGGGAGCAGCGGGCACUGAUUGCGGCUGACAGCUGCUGCUCCGUGCCCGCCCGGUGCCUGCGCCCUGCCCGCGGGGCCGCCAGCACACACGGAGCCCCGCGCCGUGCUUGGGGGGUCCCAGCCCCGCUGCUGCUGCCCCAAAGGCCCGAUCCCGCUGCUCCCCGUCUCGCCAUGAUCAUCCGCCCCCGACGCCUGACCCCGGGCUACUUCCAUCUGCUCCAGAUGCAGCUGGCAGCGGGACGUGAGGCUGAGCCGGGGGGGCGGCUGCUGACCCCCCUGGCCCUGCUGCUGGCGGCCGCCGGGUUCUGCCUGUCCCUCUACAGCGCCCGGAGAAUGGCUGACCCCACCAAGGCGUCCCCGGAGCCGUGAGGAGCGGGCUGGGGGCCGUGGGGACCGUCCCCGGGGGUCCCCCUCCACCCGCCGUCUCCCCCCGAGCGGAGCCGCGGCUGCAGCCACUCUGCAGCUGACCUGCGCCACAUGCAGCCCUUCCCACCGCCGUGGGGAUGGGGGACACGCCUGUCCCUGCCUGGGGCAGCCGGGAUGGAGAACGGAGAAGCCGAUUCCAGCUCUGGAGCUGCCGGCUGAGCCCGGCCCGAGCCACGGGGGGACAUCGGGAUCCAGCCACCAGAGCAGAGGCUGGACAGACAGACAGAGGGACGACAGAGCUGGGAGCUGCAUCCAUCCCCAUCUGCCCUGCGGAAGCAGAGGGGCCUGGGGAGCCCAGCUGGUGGCCACAGACCUCCCCCCCCGUCCCCAUGGGAACAUGCUGCGGCCGCGGCCCCGCAGGAACGAGGCCAGCGCUGUUAGGUAACGGGCAGGGGGGACACAGGGCAGUGACGUGACCCUGGGCAGGCACAUCCCGUGUCCCUGGGCCGGCACAUCCCGCUGGGAUGGCGGUUGCAGCCUUCCCAGCCCCCGCAGAGCUGCGGCUCUCCCCCCCUUCCCGGGGCCGGGGGGGACAAAUCCGGGCAGGCUGCGUGGAA